AUGACGACAGCCUCGACUAGCGCGGCCGCUGCGGUGCCCCGGCACAAGAUUCGUCGCCGACGUGCCGACAAGCCGGCCAUCACCUCGCGCCUCAUCCUCGACGACCACAUCAAGAGCGAUGUCGGCGUCCUAUCCGAGGACGUCUUUACAGACCUCUUCCCUCACCUCCGCGAGAAUGCUGACGACGAGAGCUCCUCCAACAUCCACCACAUCGCGAUUGCGCCUUGGACACCAAACGCCUCCUCUACCGGCGGCGCAUGGUGCAUUGUCCCUGUCGUUCGCUCCUCUGCGCUUGCGCACUCGACCGUCCAGUUCUCGCCCUCGUCGCCCGCCCUCCAGAGCUUCGCUGUCACCCUGCAAAAGAUUGCUCCCUCCAAGCUCACCAGUCACAGCCGAAGCGGCAUUGAGAUUCUCGUCCUCGACGUCGCCGCCGUUCCUCUUGAGACUGUUUUUGUGAGCUUGGAGAGCGAGCUUACCAAGCGCCUCGAAAACGGCGAAGGCACCUUUUUCCGAGAGCAUCCUGCUCAGCAAGUCGCCCGCGGCACCCUGCCGCAAGAUCGUCUCCAGACCGCGCUCAGGGCCGCUCUCGGCACUCUCAAGGUUGUACAUGCCGGUGACUUGUUCCCUCUGCCGCUGCCGCCACACCCGGUGACACACUUGCCGCCCAAUCCUGGCAAGAUUAUGCUCUGUGAGCCAGUCGCGCAAGGAAUUCUCACACCAAGCACCAAGAUUGUGCUCAUGCGCGGCCGAGUUCACCGACGACAAGAAAGAAGCGCCUCAUCCCUCAGCCAGCUAAAUGGCACCAUCGACCACGGAGAAGACACUAGCGCAGACCAAUUCUUUUCUGCCGCUGAGGAGCGCUACAAGACUGACGCACCUCAAGAUGAGACCGAGACCGAGAGUGCCACGGAAACAGAGACAGACUUCUCGGGCGCCGAACAAGAAGACGAGCUCUCUGACGACUCCAUGGACGACAUGAUUUCCCUGCAAGCUCCCGAGCUACACGCUACCAACAUCAAUGGACCUGGCACCAUGGGCCCAGGCACACCCAUGACAAUUGGCACCCUACGAGGCCGCAAGGUCAGCGGUAUUCAGACGCCAGGAUCCGUCUUUUCCAACUUCACUGCCACGACAGCGCGAGCCGACAGACCCCGUGGCCGACUUUUCAAGGCACACGGGCUCCAACGACCGAUUCCCUCCGAAAUUCUACACCCGAAACCCGCCGCGCAGGACGACGAAGAGGCCAGAAUAUAUGUCGACAUGUCUUCCCUCUCUAAAAUUGGGUGUUUUUCUGGCGACUGGGCUCGCAUUGAAGUUGCCGAGGAGCCUCCCGCCAAUGGCUUCGGUGCCUUUGGACUGGGCAGCUUUGGAAACAACGACACAGAGACUGCAGUCUGGCGUCCAGUCAGAGUUUUCGGGCUUCCCGAGGGCUACUCGGCGCCAAGAACUGUGAGCAGAAUAGCUGGCUCGCGUGCUGGUGAACGUCGCAUGUCGUUCUUUGAAUCGCAGGUUCAGCGCCCAACCAGCCCUGCAGCAUACGCCUCGCCUGUCCUCCUCGCCAACCUUGAAAACGCGACUCACCUGCGAAUCUCGGCCCUCAAAAAGUCGUCCUACCAAGGCAAGGGCACAAAUCCGCGCUUCGCCAGUGCAGCGCAUCCACCUUAUGCGCGCGACAUUACCAUUCAGCAUGUACGAACUCCAGUGUCUGCUGAACGAGCCUACCAGACUGCAGUCCUCGGUGGGCUGAAGCACUACUUUGCCGACAAGCUACGGUUGGUGCGCUCUGGAGAUUUGAUUGCUGUGUCUGUUGAUUCUCAGCUUGGUCGCGCCUUGCAGGAGGCUGUUGGCGCUGGUGGUUCAGAGGUGGACGAUGUCAUGGCCCUCACCACUAGUGAGCAGGCCGACGGCUCCCAUUAUGAUGGUGUCGCGUGGUUCAAGGUCGGCCACGUUCAAAUCCAAAAGUCCGACGAAGACGAGGACGGCAGCGCCGAAGCCUUCUGGGGCUCUGUUGCCUGCAUCGACAGCUCAAGCGUGGCCAUGCACGGGUCAGGAUUCGUGACCAGCCGCAUCCCAGGUACCAGCCACAGCACCUGGCCAUACUACCUUGGCCUUCGGAAAGCCCCCAAGUCGGAAAGCGAUUCUGCAGCACCACCGGCGCUGUCUGUUACCAAGCAGGAUCACAUUUCACCGCUCCGAAGACAGCUGCGCGAGCUGCUGGUCGCAGCCACCAGCCAGCGUGCUAUCCACCUCAAGAUGCCGCCAGUCGCUAUUCUUCUCACAUCAACGCACCGCAACAUCGGAAAGACAACACUGGCGACUACAUCGUGCGCGGAUAUUGGUCUGCACACCUACGAGAUUGAUGCCUACGACAUCCUCAACGAGGGAGGCGGGAGCGGCAGCGACGUCAAGACGGAAGGCUUUCUGCGCACACGCGCCGAGCGCGCGGCCAGCUGCGGUGCGGAUUGCUGCGCGCUGCUGAUCCGCCACAUUGAAGCUCUCACUGCGGACCGCAUAGAAGGCACCAUGAAGGAGAUUCUCGACGACACGCGCGUUCUCAUCGCCACGACGAACAAUGUCGACGACGUCCCCGACGGUGUCCGCGCCCUCUUUACCCACGAGCUCGAAAUGGGCGCCCCCGACGAGGCGGAACGUGAAGCCAUUCUGCGCGGCGUCAUCGGCGACCGCGGCAUCACCCUGGAUCCCAGCAUCGAUCUCAACUCCAUCGCGCUCAAGACGGCCGCUCUCGUCGCCGGCGACCUCGUCGACGUUGUGGAGCGUGCAUCCCUCGCCCAGCGCGCGCGUCUCGAGGCCCUCUCGGCCAAGACGAGCGAGGCCGGGCUCCCGCUGCCCAUCACCGUCCGCGACGUGCAAGUCGCCGGCGGCCCGCUCGCGCGCUCGCUGACGGGCUCCGACUUUGACGUGGCCGUCGAGGCGGCGCGCAAGAACUUUUCCGACUCGAUCGGCGCGCCCAAGAUCCCCAACGUGACGUGGGACGACGUCGGCGGCCUGGGCAACGUCAAGGACGCCAUCACGGAGACGAUCCAGCUGCCGCUCGAGCGGCCCGAGCUGUUCGCCAAGGGCAUGAAGAAGCGCUCCGGCAUCCUCUUCUACGGCCCGCCGGGCACCGGCAAGACGCUGCUGGCCAAGGCCAUUGCCACCGAGUACAGCCUCAACUUUUUCUCGGUCAAGGGCCCCGAGCUGCUCAACAUGUACAUUGGCGAGUCCGAGGCCAACGUGCGGCGCGUGUUCCAGCGCGCGCGCGACGCGCGCCCCUGCGUCGUCUUCUUUGACGAGCUCGACUCGGUGGCGCCCAAGCGCGGCAACCAGGGCGACAGCGGCGGCGUCAUGGACCGCAUCGUCUCGCAGCUGCUCGCCGAGCUGGACGGCAUGUCGGGCGGCGACGACACGGGCGGCGUCUUUGUCAUUGGCGCGACCAACAGGCCUGACCUGCUCGACCAGGCGCUCCUGCGCCCGGGCCGCUUCGACAAGAUGCUGUACCUCGGCGUGUCCGACACGCACGACAAGCAGCGCACCAUUCUCGAGGCUCUCACACGAAAAUUCACCCUCCACCCGUCCGUCUCGCUCGCCAACGUCGCGCAGCAGCUGCCGUUUACCUACACCGGCGCCGACUUUUACGCGCUGUGCAGCGACGCCAUGCUCAAGGCCGUGACGCGGCAGGCCACGGCCGUCGACGCCAAGGUGCGCGCCCUCAACGCGGACGCCGCCUCCUCCUCCUCCCGCGCCGCGCCGUCCCACCCCGUGUCCACGGCGUACUACUUUGACCACUUUGCCACCGAGGAGGACGUGGCCGUCGUCGUCACCGAGCAGGACUUUUUGGACGCCCACGACGAGCUCAUCCCCAGCGUGUCGGCCGGCGAGCUCUCGCACUACGAAAAGGUGCGCGCCAUGUUUGAGGGCGGCCGCGGCGGCGAUGAGCCGAAGCAGCAGCCGCCGCAGUCGAGGGGGAGUCGGCCCGGCACCGCCGCGGGAGGAUCGUCAUCGUCGCACAAGGGUAAAGGGAAAGCGGUGGCGGAGAAUGCUGCUGCUGGUGGCGGUGGGGUGAUGAAUGGAAGAGUGAACAAGGGCAAGGGGAAAGCGGUCGCGGGGUUCCAGGAUGCGACGGCGAGCGAUGAUGAUGAUUUGUAUUAA